AUGGCGAUGCCAAAUGCACGAAGGUCGUCUUCUUUUGGUGACGCGGAAACCGAUAUAUCGGAAACAAUGAAAGAGAAAUGUAACGACUUUGACGCUGGUGACUGGACCAUCGAUGACGAUGUCGAUGGGCAUGCUGUUCUUGUUAACACUGAUGAAGAAGGUACCGUGUUUGUGACCAAUUUUCGACUUCUUUUUUUGAGUGAAGGUUCUAGAGAUAUUAUCGCAUUAGGAACGAUACCAUUGGCUACCAUUGAAAAGUUUAACAGGAUUGUUGUUAAGCAAGGUACUCGGCAGUUUGACAAUGCACCUACACGCAGGCUUCUUCAGGUCUUCGGCAAGGAUAUGAGAAUAAUCAUAUAUGCAUUCCGUCCCCGGACUAAACAGAGACGUGCUAUUUUUGAUGCGUUAAUGAGGUGGGCAAGGCCUACUAGACUCUGGGAUCUUUAUGCUUUUAGUAGUGGUCCUUCCAGAGACAGUAACACAAAUCCUAAAGUGAGACUACUGAAUGAGUACUUCCGGCUUCUUGGUAUGGGAUCACUUGAGUCAUCUAUUGGCAACAUAGAAGACGGUUCCUUCAAGUUAUCUAAUGAUUGGUGGAGGAUCAGUGAUGCCAAUGCAAGUUAUAACAUGUGUACAACUUACCCAUUUGCUUUGCUAGUUCCAAAAGCUAUCAGAGAUACAGAUCUGCUGAAAGCUUGUGCAUUUCGUGCACGUUGUAGACUACCUGUAAUAUCAUGGUGUGAUAUACGCAGUGGAGCUGUCCUUGCUAGGUCAUCCCAACCAUUGGUUGGUCUUAUGAUGAAUAUGAGGAGCAAUGCUGAUGAGAAUCUGGUUGGUGCUUUUUGUACUCGAUUUUCUAGUGGACAACAACUACAUAGGAAGUUAUAUAUAGCGGAUGCAAGACCAAGGAAAAAUGCUCUGGCAAACAGCGCAAUGGGUGGGGGUUCAGAGUCUUCAGUUAAUUAUUUUCAGUGUGAGAUUGUAUUCUUUGGGAUAGACAAUAUACAUGGUAUGAGAGAAAGUCUUGUUCGUCUCAGAGACUACUUGGAUACACAUGGAACCAAAUCAUCGGAUGGAAUGUCUUCAUUUUUGAGAAAUGGUGGAUGGACAUGGGGUGGAGGUAAUCUUAGCAGUAUGUCUGCUUCAGUAUCAACCCUUGGUGAUAGUGGUUGGUUAAUACAUAUUCACAAUGUGUUGGCUGGUUCUGCUUGGAUUGCUGCUCGUGUUGCCUUAGAGUCGGCAUCAAUACUUGUUCAUUGCAGUGAUGGAUGGGACAGAACAAGCCAGUUAGUCGCCCUCGCAAGUUUAUUACUUGAUCCAUAUUAUCGCACCAUUAAAGGAUUUCAGGCUCUUGUUGAAAAAGAUUGGCUUGCAUUUGGUCAUCCAUUUUCAGACAGAGCUGGAAUGCCAAGUUUCUCCGGGAGUGACAAUAUGCCUUUAGAACUUUCCAGACAUUCUUCGAGUCCAAACAUCUUAUCAUCAUCAUCCAUGCGUCAGUCACCAGGGUCAUUUACACCUCAAUCUCUAGCCUCCUCUAAUGCACAUCAUUCAAACAAUUAUUCUCCAAUAUUUCUUCAGUGGGUCGAUUGUGUUGCACAACUAUUACGGAUGUACCCUUUUGCAUUUGAGUUCUCCUCUACUUUUUUGGUUGAUUUUCUGGAUGGUGUGCUUUCAUGUCGGUUUGGAAACUUCUUGUGCAACAAUGAGAAUGAAAGAGAAAGAGCUGGUGUUUUUGAGACAUCUGAAUGCUUGUGGGUGUAUUUGGCUGACAUGCGUGCAUCAGAGGGAAGUUCUCACGCACACUACAACAUAUUUUACGAUCCGUCCAGACAUGAUGGUCCAUUAUUACCACCAGCUGCAGCUUUGGCUCCAACGUUAUGGCCUCAAUUCCAUCUUCGUUGGUCAUGUCCUUCAGAAUCUCAAUCCAGUCAGGUUGAAACCCAAUGCAGAAAUUGGAUGGAGAAGUACACCGAACUGCAAAAGGCAAAAGAUUUAGCCGAGAGUAAUGCCAGAGAAAUAAUGACAACAGUGGAGUCCUUGACUGCUGAUCUCCUUAUUGAGAGCCAGGCCAGCAACUCAGUCAUGGCUUUAGCUAGAAAAGCAAAUAUGGAAAACUCUUGUAUAAAACGAGCAAUCGGAUCACUUGGAUGUAUAGUUCAUGUUUCAGAAGCAGAUGACAUUGCAGACUAUCCAGCUGAAAAGGUGGACAUAACUUCUCCAACUCGAGAAACAGUAGAUAGUGGAGACACAUAUGAGAAAGAGACAGAUUUGUGUGUCUCUAUUUUGGUAACUGCAGAUACCAGUGAAACUUCUGGGAACCUGACCGAUUACAUUUGUGAGUCUUGGUGUCCACUAUGGGCACCAGAUGGAGGUUGUAGGUGGCCUAAUGCAGGUUGUGCUCGAAUUAGGAACGAAUUUAUAGGCGUGAAAGCUAAUUUUGAUGCUUUUGACAAGUUAUCAAUACAUGAUAGUUACUUUCAGCCCGAAUAACAAAAACUGCAAAAAUGCAACAUAGGUAAUCAACACAAGGUUUUAGCUUAA